CUAGACUUGAACACCGGCCUUUACAUCCGCAAUGGGGCAGAGCGAGGACUCAGAGUUUGCGCCGAAGCGGGUCCUCUUCACGGGCGGCGCCGGCUUCAUUGGGUCCAAUGUUCUGAUCUACCUUGUGCAGAAAUACCCGGAGGUCAGCUUCGUUUGCCUCGACAACUUGUCUGAAGGCUCCAACCUUGCCAACCUCCACCCCCUGGCUGACGCUGCUAACUUCAGCUUUGUCAAGGGGGACAUUCUGUGCGAACACACAGUGCGGGAGGUCAUGAUCCAGCAUCGCGUCGACACCGUGAUGCACUUUGCUGCACAGACGCACGUCGACAGAUCCUUCGUGGUGCCGUUCAAGUUCACCCAGGUGAAUGUGCUUGGCACUGCGGUUCUACUGCAGGCAUCCCUGGAGCGCGGUAUCCGGCGAUUCCUCCACGUUAGCACUGACGAAGUUUAUGGGGAGAAUGUCGGCAACCGACGCUUUGCAGAGGGCGACCCCUUCAUCCCGGGCAAUCCCUACAGCGCCUCCAAGGCAGCUGCAGAGUGCCUGGUGCACGGUUAUAUGGAGUCGUUUGGCCGGGAUCUUCCAAUUGUGGUGGUGCGCCCCAACAACAUCUACGGUCCUCGGCAGUACCCAGAGAAGAUGAUUCCCAAAUUCAUCUUCAGACUGCAGCGCCAGCAAACCCUGCCGUUGCAUGGAGGCGGCGUUGCGCGCCGAUCCUUCCUCUUUGUGGAAGAUGCUGCGAAGGCCUUUGACCUGGUCUUGCGCCGGGGCAAGCCAGGGGAGGCCUACAACAUCGGGGCAGAGCCAGGGAGCACCAAGUCUGUAGUGGAGGUUGCUCGGGCCUUGAUGCCGCACUUUGGCGUUGAUCUUGCUGAUGCAGAGAAACACAUGGAGGUUGUGGCGGACCGGGUGAAGAACGAUGCGUCCUACGACGUACAGAGCUCCAAGAUCAGAAGUCUCGGCUGGGAACCAGCCGUCACCUUCCAGGAGGGCUUGCAGCGCACCGUCGAAUGGUACCGGCUCCACCCCAUGCACUGGACAUCUGUGGAGGAUGCAUUGCUGCCGGACAAUAGUGGCCGAAGGCUCAAAUCAGCGUUGUGAAAAGCCAUCGGCUGCGCCAUCCUUGUGUCGCUUGGUGUAGCGUGCUCGCUUGACGCACAUGUAGCAAAUCAGUGCAUGACCUCAGAACAAUUGUUGCCUUGUUGCUUUUGAUUUGUCUCGAGGGUUCCAAGGUAAACCGGCU